UCCUGGAGUUUGACGCGGGGAAAAUGAUAAACGUUUUCAUCCAGCACGUCUCGUUAGGCACCGAGGAUUUGCGCGCAGAUUUACGCCGCUGCCGGCGGACAAACGGCUCCCACGGUCCUCCGUGACGACCAAUCAGUGUCCGAGGCUGCGAGAGAGAGAAAGGGAGGGGAGGGGAAAGAAAACUUUUCUCUUUUUUUUUCCUGCUGAAGGAGGGGUGUUUGGGGGAGAAUGCUCGGCGGACCGUGAAGCGUAACAGCGAGGAGAGGGACAAAGACGCACGUAGUGUGUGCCAAAAUGUCGAGAGAAACUUGAAAGUAAAGAAAGAAAGAAAGAAAACACGCAUGCAGACGGCGAAGAUGGACGGCAGGAUAAGAGGAUCCGAAACAAACAAGUCCAACAAAAAGGAGUUCAAGGUGACAAAAUAAGAUAAGUGCGGCUAAACUCGCUCGCGGCGCGUUUGUUCCUCCAUUCCGGAUCUGCGCCGGCGGGCCAUGGAGCAAAGACAGGACCCCGUCUGGAGCACGAGUCCUCACUUCUGAGCGCAUCCGGCUCAACAAAAGGAAGAACAAACGUAAAGUUUGGCGCAUUUGUUGCGAUCAUUUUGUGAAGUUUUUUUUUUCCUGCUCCCGAUGCGCUCCUGGACAACCUUCACGUCACCUAACUAGAACGCCAUCCAAGCAUGAAAUGCUGGCGCAGCGCCUUGGCGCUUCUCCCGUGGGUGCUGGUGGCCUUGGACGCCCAGCUCAUCUGCUGGCAGGCGGUCCUUCGGUGCCACGACGAGCCCGAAUGCGAGCUCGCCUACAACCAGUACUUAACGGCCUGUGAAGGCAACCUCAGAGGAACGAGGAGACAAUGCCCGAGCCACUGCAUCAACGCGAUCAUCAGGCUCAACCACACGCACAGCGGGCCGGACCUGGAGACCUGCAACUGCGCCCAGGACGCGGAAUGCACCAGCGCCAAGCGCGCCAUCGAGCCGUGCCUCCCGCGCAGACACCCCAGUGACGGGGGGGAGAUCGGGUGCAUGGAGGCCCGGCAGCGCUGCGAGAAGGACACCAGCUGUCACACGUCCCUCACGGCGUACUUGUCUUACUGCGGACAGCUGUUCAACGGCCGGAAGUGCUCCUCCAGGUGCAAAGCGACCAUCCAGCAGAUGCUCGACAUCCCAAACGGCGUGCUGCUCAACCGCUGCGUCUGCGACGGCGUGGAGAGGCCUUUCUGCGAGGUGAUCAAGGAGAACAUGAUCAAACUUUGCUUCAUAGAAGACCACAGCGUGGUUUCGUAUCAGCCGGAUGUGGAUGAAGUCUACGAGGAUGAAGACUAUGAGCCUAAACCGGGCAGGGAGGAGGUGGAUCCAGACCGCUCCUCUGGGUCCCAGCGGUUGUCCAGCGUCAGGAUGCUCCUCUUCCUCCCGCUGACACGGAUAUUAUGCUGAUCGCAACAUGUGGAUAGAUUUAACGCACUGUUACCCGGCAUGGAGUUUAAAGGGGUCAUGUGAGACAUUAAAUCUGGUUGGAGUUUCAAGUAAAUUCUCGCGAUUCUUUUUGUAAAUGUGGAAACUCUCCUGUAAAAUUUAUGCCAGAAUCAGUUGAAUUUAAAAUUCUGUCACUUGUGGAGAUCUGUACUGUGCAAGCCUUGGAGACAGCCUACUGAGCCAGUCUGUCAGCUCCUUUCCAUUUAAAGUGACAAGCACAUU